AGGGUUUUUGUGCCUUUUUUUGUUUGACGGGGAAUAACGUUGAGGAGAGCCAUCGACAGGUCUCUCCCGUGCAGUGCGCUCUUUUUUCUCUUUUUUUGUCUGUGUACUCCGCAUACCAAGCGUGGAGCGACCUGUCUUAAAAGAGGAAGAAACACCGAGCACACCACGACGACGGCGGCGCCCAGUCGAAAGCUUCGAUCUUCUAAAGAGAGAGCCGAAGAAGGAAGGAGCCCCGAGCCUACGUGGUGAAGUUCAAUGCCCGCUACGCGUCCCGAGCUGGAGAACCCGCCGGAGGUGUUCUACAACGCCUCUGAAGCGCGCAAGUACACCGUGAGCACCCGUGUGCGGAAGAUUCAGCGUGACAUGACACUGCGCGCCCUCGAGCUGCUCAGCUUGCCAAAAGACGAAGCCCCGACCGGACUCAACCGCUCCGCUCUGCUUCUCGACAUCGGCUGCGGCAGUGGCCUGAGUGGUGAUGUGCUCACUGAGCAGGGCCACGCCUGGAUGGGGGUGGAUAUCAGCAUGGACAUGCUACGCAUCGCGAAAGAGGAUGAGCUGAACUAUUACGACAUGGGCGAGGCGCAACGGCAAGCGGCGAAAAAGGCGGAGUCGACGCUGACGAGUAGCAGCAACUUGCGCAUGGACACGAGUCACGUGAAGUGGGGCCUCAUCACCUCGGAAGAGGAGGACAAUGAGGGGGAGGAUGACGAAAGGGAUGAGGAAGGGACCGACAAGGAUGUCGACGAUAGCGCGGAAGGACAAGGAGAGACUUGGCAGGAGGGAGAGGAAAUGGAUGGGCUGAUGUCGGGGCCACGCGUCGUGGAGGUCCUUCGCAAUGACAUCGGUGCGGGUCUGCCCUUUCGCCCCGGCACCUUCGACGGCUGCAUCUCCAUCUCCGUGCUCCAGUGGCUCUGCCACAGUACCAAAAAAGGGGAAGUCCCUCAGCGACGCCUGCUGGCGCUCUUUCAGUCCCUCUACAAUUCUCUGCGCCGCGGUGCGAAGGCGGUCCUUCAGUUCUACCCGAGUGAUCCCACGCAGGUGCACAUGAUCACCCACGCCGCGAUGAAGUGCGGGUUUAACGGCGGCGUAGUGGUUGACUACCCCAACUCGGCGCGCGCGAAGAAGUAUUACUUGGUGCUGCAGGCAGGUCAGGUGGCGGGCGGUUUUGUGCCUCCGCCUGCCCUGACCACCGAGGCGGAAGACGACGCAGACGAGGAGGACUCCGAGUACGAGGGGGAGGAGGAGUACCACGGCAGUGACGAUGACGACGAUGACGGCGCGGGAGGUCCGUUUCGUGACCCACACAGCCGCAAGCGUGUCCACGUCGGUGGCCGGGACACGGACCACCACCACAAGCGGGCACGCGCGUCCUCCGCGCAUGGGCAUAAGCGACGCCGCAAGGACAACCGCCCAGAGACCGGCUCGCGCGAUUGGGUGCUGCUGAAGAAAGAGGAGCGCCGGCGUCGCGGUUACACGACGUCGGCAGACUCGAAGUACACGAUGCGGCAGCGAAAGCCUCGCUUCUAA